UGCAUAUUUCGCCGCCUUCUAACAAUUUCCAAGCAUUUGUUUUCCUCUACUUGUCCUCCCAUUCUCUUGCACAAGACUCCUCGUGUCACUCUUGUCCGUUGUCUCGCAGAACAGAUCAACACUAUGGCGACCAUUCCUGUUGUCAUCAAGCACCAGGGCAAGAAGUACAAUGUCGACCUCGACCCCUCGGCAAAUGGCGAGAUGCUCAAAUUCCAACUCUUCUCUCUCACCGGUGUCGAACCUGAGCGACAGUCCGUUCUGAUCAAGGGAGGAAAGCUAAAGGAUGACACCGAGCUAUCUAAGCUCAAUGCAAAACCUGGCCAGAUCUUCACAAUGCUCGGCACUGCUUCUGGCGAAAGUAGUGCAGUCACUGCUCCCGCGGAAAAGCCAAAAUUCGUCGAGGACAUGACUGAAGCUGAAGCUGCCGCUCAAGAAGGUGCCACUCCAGCUGGACUUCAGAAUCUCGGCAACACGUGCUAUUUGAACUCCACUCUGCAAGUUCUCCGGAGCAUACCUGAAAUGCAAGACUCGUUGAAGAUCUACAAGGCCGAUACGGGCGCGGGUACGAGUCUCCAAGAUCUCAGCCGACUCGGUCUUGGUGGACUCAGCUCCGCCAACGACCUGACUGCUCAGCUGCGAGAUCUAUACAAACACAUGUCGGAGACACAGGAAGGAUUUCCCCCCAUGAUGUUUUUGAACGCUCUGCGUAAUGUUUAUCCUCAGUUUGCCCAGAAAGCAAAGAACGGACAGGGCUACGCCCAGCAAGAUGCUGAGGAGGCUUGGUCACAAAUUGUUCACCAGUUGAGACAGAAGCUCAAGAUUACGGACAAAAGCACUCAAGAACAGAAAGACAUCGCAUUCAUUGAUCGAUACAUGGCCGGUUCUUUCCAUUCCUCGCUCGCACCUCCUCCAGAAGUUGGAGACAGCGAGCCUGUCGUGGAGUCUGAUGACCCUUUCCUGAAACUAGACUGUCAUAUUGACCAAUCGAUAAAUCAUCUUCGGGACGGCAUCCUCGCCGCUUUGACAGAAGAUAUCGAGAAACACUCACCAACACUUGAUCGGGAUGCAAAAUACAUCAAGACUUCCCGAAUCUCCCGGCUUCCUAAGUACCUGACGGUACACUUUGUGCGAUUCUUCUGGAGAAGAGACAUACAGAAGAAAACCAAAAUCAUGAGAAAAGUCACCUUUCCAGAAGAACUUGACAUCGUGGAGUUUUGCACAGAGGAUCUGAGGAAGCGACUGAUUCCGGUUCGUGACAAGGUUCGCGACAUCCGCAAGGACGAGCAGGACGUCGAGCGGGCCAGAAAGCGACAGAAGCUGGCUCACAAGCAGGAAGAAGAUCGAAAGCAUGAUGAAGCGAUGAAGGGUGUAGAGGCUGCUCCAAUUGCAAAGCUCCGCGAACAAAAGGAGAAGGAGGAAGGAAAGAAAAAGGAGCAAGAGGGUGGCGAAAUGGAUGUGUACAAGACGGAUGCAGAGUACGAGGCCGAACGAGCUGCAUCCAUCAAGCAAGCCAAGAAAGAACUGUUUACUCUCAUUGAUCCAGAGCUUGCAGCAGAUGAAGGGUCGAACAAAUCGGGCUUGUACGAGCUCAGGGGUGUCAUUACUCACCAAGGCGCAAGCGCUGACAGCGGCCACUACACCAGUUUUGUCAAGAAGCAAGGCAGGCUGGUAGACGAUCCCAAAGCACCUGGGGGCAAGCGCAGAGAAGAGGAUGGCAAAUGGUGGUGGUUCAACGACGACAAAGUCAGCGAGGUCGAGUCGGAUAGGAUCAUGACUCUUUCAGGUGGCGGCGAAAGCGCUUCUGCCCUGAUUUUGCUCUACCGAGCUAUUGACCUACCGACCAAGGAUGAGAUCGAGGAUGAGUCGUGAGCGUUUCGGACUCUUGACAUUUUCUGAUAAUGAGCAUCAGCAGCGUGUUGGGCUUAAAGACAACAGAGCAUACUUAGACAUAGACUGCCAGCGCCGAGAGACAUUGAACGAAUCACCGAGGACAUUCCCCUCCGUGGCACAAUAGUAUAGCACGAUCCGAAGACUGAUUCAUAAUUAUGCUUCUCAAGGCAGCGGAUGGCCC